AUGUUUGCUAUUUCUAAAAAUAUUAAAACAAUAUUGAGCAGCUGUCUCAGCCUCACCCGUACCACUUUAACCCGUAAAUCACAUAACUCUAAAGAGACAUCAAACAAACCUAAACGUUUCGCGUCCCUGCUGAGCGUAUGGCGCGCGGCAGGUCGCGCUCACGCCCGCGCCGGGGACGGCGGCGCGGCGGCGCGCGCGCACGAGGCGGCCGCGCGCGCCGCGCCGCACGACACGCGCGCCCUCGCCCGCCUCGUCAAGCUGCUGGCGCAGCGGGACCCGCCGCGCGCCCUGCUGCUGGCGCAGGGCCUGCCGCCCUUACACCAGCUGGAGACCAAGAUCGACAUAGACGCAUUAGAAUCAUCAAAAUGGAUGAUGGGUGCCAAAGUUGUGAAGAAAACCGUACAGAGCAAACAAGAACAAUCACCUGGCACGCCUGGUUCGGAACUCCUUAUGAAGCGCAAGCAGAAACGCAAGCGCAAGACCAAGCUGCCGCCCAACGCCGACCUGUCGAGACCCCCGGACCCAGAGAGAUGGUUGCCGAAGUACGAGCGUACCGCGUACCGCAAGCGGCGCGGAGUGCGGCGUGACGUCAUCAAGGGCAGCCAGGGAAUGUCCACUAACGCCACCGACCAGUACGACAUGAGCAAGCAGCAAGCCACGCCCACAACCGCGGCGGCUGCCAAGAGCCCACGCGUGGAGAAACAGACCGAGAGCGCGUGGCAACGCAAGCAACAGCAGAAGAAGAAGGGCAAGAACCGCAAGUGAAAUACUGAGUAGCAGUGCAGAUACCAGCAGCAGCGCACGGAACAAACACGGUGAAUUGAAUAUACAUUUUAAUAAUA